AUGGCCCCGCGCAUCAUCGACGCCAUCAAGGAAGACCACCGCGAGAUCGAGGACUACUACAACAAGAUCCUCGCCGCAACAACCGACAAGGAGAAGACCCAGUGGCAGAACCAGUUCACCUGGGAACUCGCCCGCCACUCCAUCGGCGAGGAGCUGGUCGUCUACCCGGUCUUCGAGAAGAACCUGCCCGACGGCAAAGCCAUGGCCGACAAGGACCGCCACGAGCAUAACACGGUGAAGGAAAAACUCAAAAAAUUCCAAAACAUGAAACCCGCCGACCCCGCCUUCGAAUCAACCCUCAAGUCCCUCAUGGCCGAUCUAUCCCAGCACAUCAAGGAAGAAGAGAGCCAGGAUCUCCCGAAACUCGAGGACGCCAUUUCCGCCGCCGAGUCCGAGAAGCUGUCCAAGAGCUUCGGGCGCACGAAGAUGUUUGUCCCGAGUCGCAGCCACCCGUCUGCACCGGACAAGCCGCCCUUCGAGACGGUCGCGGGGCUGAUGGCGGCGCCGCUGGACCAUCUUUCGGAUUUGUUUAGGUCGUGGCCGGGGACGAGUGGGAUGCCGAAUCCUAGUACGAAGUAA